AAAAUUGAAAAGCCAAGAGGAAAUGAUAGUGUCAAACCCAGAAAGAAAACCAAGGCGGAGGGAGGCACAGUGUUGGAAGUGACCAAUGGAGACCUUGACACACUUGGCCAUUGGCUUCUACACCCCAAGACUCUCCGCCCCUUUCCCACACUCAAGAAAACCCCAAAAGCUCAGGCCGGCAUUAUGCUCCGCCAGCAAAUGGGCCGACCGCCUCCUCGCCGACUUCCAAUUCCUCGGCGACUCCUCCUCCUCCUCCUCAGACCACCAUUCCACCACCGCCACUCUCGCUCCUCCUCCCAACCUGCCUCCCCCACUCGCUCCUCCCGAGCGCCACGUGUCCAUCCCCCUCGACUUCUACCAGGUGCUCGGCACCCAGUCGCAUUUCCUCGGCGACGGGAUUAGGCGAGCUUACGAGGCUAGGGCUUCGAAGCCGCCUCAGUACGGCUUCACCCAAGACGCUUUGGUCAGCCGGAGACAGAUUCUCCAGGCCGCCUGCGAAACCCUAGCCGACCCUACCUCCAGGAGAGAGUACAAUCAGUCCCUCGUUGAAGACGGAGACGGAACAAUUCUCACCGACGUUCCUUUUGAUAAGGUUCCUGGAGCUCUUUGUGUGCUGCAAGAAGCUGGAAAGACGGAGCUGGUUCUUCAAAUUGGGCAGAGUUUGCUGAGAGAGAGGCUGCCGAAAUCGUUCAAGCAAGAUGUGGUUUUGGUGAUGGCACUUGCUUAUGUUGACAUGUCGAGGGACGCAAUGGCAUUGUCCCCACCGGAUUUUAUUCAGGGUUGUGAAGUGCUCGAGAGGGCUUUGAAGCUCUUGCAGGAGGAAGCUGCUAGCAGCCUUGCACCUGAUCUUCAAUCACAAAUUGACGAGACACUGGAAGAGAUCACCCCACGUUGCAUUUUGGAACUUCUAGGUUUACCUCUUGAUGAGGACUGCCAAUCAAGAAGGGAAGAGGGCCUCCGUGGUGUCCGAAACAUAUUGUGGUCUGUUGGAGGAGGCGGAGCAGUUGCUCUUGCUGGGGGAUUCACCCGUGACAGUUUCCUGAACGAGGUCUUUUUACGAAUGACUGCAGCUGAACAGGUGGAACUAUAUGUAUCAACACCAAAAAACAUCCCAGCCGAAAGCUUUGAAGUUUAUGGAGUGGCGCUUGCGCUUGUUGCUCAAGCCUUUGUUGGUAAAAAACCUAAUCACAUUCAAGAUGCUGAUAACCUGUUCUGGGAACUUCAGCAGAAUAAGGUAUCAGCUGUAGGACACUCUGUUAACGCCUAUAUAACCAAUGAAAAUAGUGAGAUAGACUUUGCUUUGGAGAGGGGACUCUGUUCACUUCUUCUGGGGGAUCUUGAUGAGUGUCGCUCAUGGUUGGGCCUAGACAAUAAUAAUUCACCGUAUAGAAAUCCAUCUGUAGUCGAUUUUGUCUUGGAGAAUGCUAAGGAUGAUGAUGACAAUGAUCUUCCCGGACUUUGUAAGCUGUUGGAGACAUGGUUGAUGGAGGUGGUAUUCCCCAGAUUUAGAGACACCAAAGAUAUUGAGUUCAGCCUUGGUGAUUAUUAUGAUGAUCCUACAGUCUUGAGAUACUUAGAAAGGCUGGAUGGAACUAAUGGCUCACCCUUAGCUGCAGCAGCAGCCAUAGUAAGGAUCGGUGCUGAAGCUACUGCAGUUCUUGAUAAUGUCAAGGCCAGUGCAAUUCAGGCCCUGUGGAAGGUCUUUCCUCUGGGUCAAAGAGAUAAGAAUAUGACACCUCAAGAAGAUCAUGAGAUGAAUUAUUCUCUUCUUCCUGAAGACAGUGGAGACCCUUUGGAAGAAUCCUAUGAAGAUGAUUCUAUUCGUGUUGCUGAGGUUUCUGGAAGAGAUGGUUCUGUUGAUACACUUAAAGAAGAAUCAAUUACUGAGCAAAUCAAAGAUGCAAGUGUGAAGAUUAUGUGUGCUGGUGUGGUAAUUGGACUACUGACUUUUGUUGGAUUGAAGUAUUUACCCGGCAGGAAUAGCUCAUCCAAUCUACGUAAAAAACUUGGUUCAGUGACUGCAUCUGAUGUCACUAGUUCAGGGUUACCAGUAGAUGUUAAGUCUGCAGAGGAAUUACCCAAAAUGGACGCACAAAUUGCCGAAGGUCUAGUUCGGAAAUGGCAGAACAUAAAAUCUCAGGCUUUUGGACCUGGGCAUUCCGUGGAUAAAUUGUCAGAGGUAUUGGAUGGUGAGAUGUUGAAGAUAUGGACAGAUCGUGCAACUGAAAUUGCACAGCUAAAUUGGUCCUAUGAUUACACCCUUUUGAACUUGAGCAUUGACAGUGUAACAGUGUCGCUAGAUGGGCAGCGUGCUGUGGUGGAAGCAACUCUUGAAGAAUUAGCCCAAUUAACUGAUGUGCUCCAUCCAGAGCAUGAUGCCUCGAAUAGCAGAACAUACACUACAAGAUAUGAGAUGUCUUGUUCAAGCUCAGGAUGGAAAAUCACUGAAGGAGCUGUCCUCCAAUCAUGAACAAUGAUGUAAGAUUUGAUAUGCUUAAUGUAAAUGGUAUCUUUUGUUUUGAACAUGUUUAUAUAUCUAAGGUGUAAUUUAGUCAAAAAUUUGAGUCGUUGUCAGUAUCAAGAUACAUAUAAAUAAAUAUUCACUCCA